GGCUCUGAGUCGGGGGGUUCCGUGCCCUUUCGGGCGCGAUGUUGGCCCCAGCUCCUGGCCCGAUGUUUCCUGCGGGAAACAUGGCGAUGAUGGGAGGAAUGGGAAUGCCACCUGGGCCGCCCAAUGCGGGUACUGCUCCCAACAUGGGAUAUGGCAUGCAGCCAGGUGGCCUAUCAUCUGACGCGUACGUUGAUAAACACUUGAGGCCAUUGGAUGCCGAGCAUUACUCGGCGGCGGGCCUGGUGCCGUACCGAAAAAGACCAGGAGGUGGAGUUGAAUUGCUGCUCGCCCGUGAGAAACCAUGGAAUUCAUUCACCAACAUGUAUGAUCCAAUAGCUUGGAAUGUCUUUGGCGGCAAGCGAGUCUCGCGGCAGGAGCGCUCUGUAGAGGUCACCGCUGUGAGGUGCUUCAUCGAAGCGGUCGGGGACUGUCCUGAGGCGCCGUCGGACGAGAUUCUGCAUAACUUAAUUCCUGCAGGCUUUUACAUGUGGUACCCACUUGGCAAGUUUGCAAUGAUCCUUGCAGAGGUCGAGGGUGGCAUCAUGGAUGAUUUGCCAAGCAGAUUCGCUGAGGCCAAAGAGGCCAGCCCCAGCGAGGAGUAUAGAAUACUACCCACGGGCGCCAAGAAGUGGAAGAAACAGAUUGAACAGCUCGAAUGGGUCCCCGGAGAUGACUUGGUGCCGGAAGCGAAGUUUGCAGUGAGUGACUUGCUCACCAACAUGCUCAACGUGACCAAGUUUCUGGACUUCUUAACGGGAAGACUGGAUCCGGCGGAAGCAUUUCCCAAAGGGAGUGAAAAGCCACGGCCAUUGGAAGGCAACACUAGCUACAAUGGAUGGAAGAGCAAGGGCAAAGGAAAGGCAAAGGGCAAAGGAAAAGGUGGCAAGGAUGGGAAAGGUUUUGGCAAGAUUGCUCCCAUGUAUGGGAAAGGGUUUCCCAUGAUGCAACUGCCAAUGGCGCCGGCUCCUCCGAUGCCAAUGUAUGCAGCACCGCCUGCUCCCUUGCCUGGCUCCGAGGAGAUGCAGCGCCAGAUGCAUGGAGAGCAGCUCUAUGUUCUGGUCCUGCCACUUGCGCCCAGUCCAUACUUGGCGCAGAAGAUCACAGGUAUGUUGCUUGAACUCCCUGAGAAUGAGCUCAUGCUGAAUUUGACCGACCGAGAAGAGCUACAGCACCGCGUCACGGAGGCUCUUGAGGUUCUAAAAGCUGACGGUGUUGCGGUUUGAGGCGUUGGGAGUCGCCGGGCGGAUCCUGACCCUCGCUCUCCGAGCAACGCGCAUAAUGAGAUGGGUGACUUUUGGAUGGCAGGGAGAACGGAUGAGAACGAAGAACUUUUGGCUCUCAGAUUCGCAUGGCCGC